CUUGCGGAGAGCCAGUCCCAGGAAGAUAGGACGGCGCGGAAGGAGCGGGAGGUGAUGCUGCGGCUGAAGGAGGUGGUGGACAAGCAGAGGGAUGAGCUUCGUGCCCAGGCCCACGAGAUCAUCUGCAAGAGCCGAGACACAGAGGCGCUGCAGGAGCAACUGCAUCGCUUCAUGGCCAUGAACGAGGACCUGCGUCACAAGGUGGCCGUGGUGCAGGCUCAGCUCAAGAGUGCGCUGGAGAAGAAGUCAGACCUGGAGGCCGCGAUGCUGCAAACCCAGAGGGAAAUGAGCAGGAGGAGCAGGACCACCUCUGAGAUCCGGCAGCCAAAGCCCAGCCUGGAAGAAGCACCGUCACCCGCGGAGGAGCCGCAGCACCAGGACGUGGACGCGGGCAGGAGCCCUGCUCACUGCUGCUUCUCCAGGGAAGAGCUGCAGCAGAUCCUGCAAGAGCGGAACGAGCUCAAGACCAACCUGUUCUUGGUGCAGGAGGAGCUGGCCUAUUACCAGCGGGAGCUGCUGAACGAAGAGAGAGUUCCCAGCUUCUUCUUGGAUGCAAUGAAGUCGACUAUCAAAAGGCAGAGAAAAAAAAUCAGAGCGAAAAUGCUGGGAACGGUGGAGGAGUCGGCGAGCAG